UAUUUAUAAAAACAAAUGGUAGAUCCGUCACCACAUAACGGCCUUGCAUUUAAUUAUGGGCCGAAGAAAUUUGAGUAUAAAGUUCUAGCAGAUGCAACUGAUGGAUUCUCCAACCAAUUCAACCGUGGCCGUGGGGGUUUUGGUGUUGUCUAUGAAGCAAGCCUUACGUUCCAAAGACAUACAAAGGACCACAAAACUCACACUGUUGCUAUUAAGAAACUUACAUACGAGCAAGAUGAUAACCCAGGGAAAGAAGAAUUCGAGAAGGAGAUUAAGGCCGUUGGAGCUGCGCGUCACAGAAAUCUUGUUGAAUUGAUUGGAUACUGCAGUACAAAACACGAUAAAUUGCUCGUUUUAGAGUUUGUUUCCAACAAAUCCUUGAGGUAUCAUCUACAUGGAAACAAAACAUUAACGUUGGACUGGUCGAAACGAAUGAAAAUUGCCAGAAGCGCGGCAAAAGCAUUGGCAUAUCUGCAUGACGACGCACCAGAAAAAAUUAUUCAUCGAGAUAUCAAAGGAGAUAAUAUCCUUCUUACGGAUAAAUUUGAAUCAAAGAUUGCAGAUUUUGGACUUGUCAAAUUUUUUCCCCAAACUGAUAGUGUUACUCACAUAACCACCGCAGUCAAUAAGGGGACUUACAUUUAUGCAGAUCUAGAUUCUAAACAAGUUUCUGAAAAGUCGGAUGUUUACUCUUUUGGUGUCGUGCUUCUUGAGUUGAUAACGGGGAGAGACCCUUUUAUGGAUGAUGGUAUCGUGAAGUGGGCAACGUCCUUGCCUCAAAUGAUCGAAGGAGAUGAUUUGAUCAAAGUCAAAGAUGAUUUUGUUGAUUCCAAAUUAAGAGGGGUUUAUGAUGAAAGUGAAGUAAAACAAAUGGUUUAUUGUGCUGCUGCUAGUGUGUAUAAACCUCCAAUAUCUCGACCAACAAUGAAACAAAUUGUUCAAGUUCUUACUGGGAAAUUGUCUCCUGAGAAUUUAUGGUCUGCAGAAAGCCCUCCUCGACAAGUUAAUCCAGAUAAGAAGUCUCGGAAGCCAAAUCCAAAUGAACAGAACCCUUCUACACUGCUGCAGCAAUUUAAAUAUGAAGACCUAGCAAGUGCCACUAAGGCUUUCUCUGGCGAAUACCGCCGUCGGAAAGAUUCUUGUUUUGAAGUCUACGAGGCAGUCAUUUCAUCAGGUUCGAAUUAUGAACAAAAUGUGACGAUUAAGAAACUUAUACACUUUUCGGCGCAGCAAAAAGAUGAAUUCGAGGGGGAAAUCAAAACCAUUGUUAAUGUUCGUCACCGUAAUAUUGUUAAGCUCAUUGGAUACUGCAGUGACGAGCAUAACAAUAGAUUGCUUGUUUUUGAGUCUACUUCCGGUAAAUCCUUGAAGUCUUGUUUACACGCAGAAGAAGGGAAAAAUUCAGCUGAUUUACUCUGGCCAACACGAAUGAAAAUAGCCCAAGGCAUAGCCAAUGCAUUGAAAUACAUGCACGAAGAUUGUAAACCCAGGAUUUUACACUUAUUUGUCAAAUUAGAUAAUAUUUUUCUCAAUGAAAAAUUUGAACCAAAGCUUGCAGAGUUUGGAAGUGCCGAGUUUUUUCCAGAGUCUGCUACUCAUGUCAGCAUUGACAAAAUGAUGAAAGAUUCUGGGUACCUGGCUCCUGAGUAUGACUCUUCCAAUAAGAAGCAUCUUACUGAUAAGUUUGAUGUUUAUUCAUUUGGCGUAAUUCUUCUGGAAUUAAUUACUGGGAAACAAUCCGUUGUUGAAUUCGAUCGUCACGAAACUACCUUAGUUAAGUGGAUGUUGGCAAUGCCCCAGUUUAAAAGAAGUCCAUUCAAAGGCGAAGGCAAAGAAAAUUUUGUUGAUGAGAAAUUGAAAGAGUAUGACAUUAAGCAAAUGGAUCGAAUGAUUGCAUGUGCUUUAGCAUGUAUACAUGAUAAUCCUCAGAAACGACCACAAAUGUGCAAGAUACUUGAUGUUCUGGAAGGAAUUGCUGAUUUGGAGACUUUGAAUCUUCUUCCUUAAGAGACAACAGCUGGACCGAGCACCACGUAUAAUUAAUGCUGAUUCUAAAUCCAAAGCUCAGAUGACAUUUGAGGGGAAUCAAACAUUUUGCCUUUGUUUUUGUUCAUUUGUUUGCUUAUAAUAAAGCCUGCUUAUUAAAAACAGGUUCAGAAAAAGUAGCUUUUAGAGCUUUGCUGCUCUCCAGUGUAUUGAUGUGAUUGAUUGGUGUCUUUUCCCAUGAAUUUGCUCAUAUUUGUGCUUCUGCUGGUAUGAUGCCCAGCAUAAACUUCUACAUAAUAAGAUUCCAUAAUGCUUU